UCCAACAACACACCCCAGCUGCACGCCGUGUCGCGUUGGCAACAGAUCAGUGGUGGGCCGGCGAGUGGAAAUUGAAUCGUGGGCUCAUUUGUCUUGAAUUAAGCCUGCUUCUGAGAGACAUGGGCCGUUGGUGGUUAUUGGCUUUGGCCUGUAUGGCCGUGGCGACCGUCCGGGCUGAAGAAGAGGAGGCCUCGGCACGUCUGCUCGCCUCGAAGCACAUUUUGAACCGCUACCUGGUCGAGGACAUGGACCUGGUGGUCAAGUACACCUUGUACAACGUCGGCCAGACGGCUGCCCUCGAUGUACAUCUCGACGACUUUUCCUUCCCUGAGGAAAUGUUCAAGGUCGUUGGAGGUCAGUUGCACGUGAAACUUGACAGGGUUCCACCUCAGGCUAAUGUUAGCCACACCGUAGUGUUGCGUCCCACUCGAUUUGGCUACUUCAAUUUCACCGCUGCUGAGGUCAGAUACAAGACCUCCGAGGAUGCAUCUCAGAUUCAGGUGGCUGUUACUAGUGAACCAGGAGAGGGGGCUAUUGUUGCUUUCAAAGACUACGACAGAAAGUUCUCUCCUCAUGUGUUGGACUGGGGUGCAUUCGCAAUAAUGACUCUGCCCUCCCUUGGAAUUCCUUUCAUUCUGUGGUUCUCAAGCAAGUCAAAGUAUGAGGCUCUGGCCAAGGGAAAGAGAAGACGGGACGAGUGAAUCUUUCAAUAAACUAUAAUUGUUUUGUCUUAUUAUAAAAAAUUUCUUUGUCAUUUUUAAAAGUCACAUCUCCAUGAUAAUUGAGCCCAUCGAACAUUUCACAAUAUUUAUAAGUAGUUCGCCUGUCCCAACGCUCAAAACUUUUGUUGCUGAACUUAUUGUUGAUUUAUGUGAACCCUUUUGAUAAUUAAAAAAGACGGUUAAAAAGUA